AUCCAACCAGGGAAGGAAGGAAUCCAAGCCACCCCAGUCCGCUGCUUCCAUUCCAUCUCCCUUCUCUCGCCUUCUGCGGCACUGCAGUGCUCUGCUGCCUCGGCGUCUCCACCUCCUCCCGGCGACGGCAGGGCAUCCGAUACGACGCCGCGCUUCCUUCCGAAUCCCAAGCCGCACCCCGCACCCUCCCGGUCGCCAUUCCCGAUGCUGGUGUUCUCGAGCGACGACGACUGCUGCGGCUCCUCGUACUAGGGGGGCAGGAUCGAUCGGCAGGUGACGUUUCGUUCGUUCUGCUGUUCGGUUCGAACGGGAGAGUUUGCUUGGGGGUUGGUGCAUCGGUUUCAGAACGACCAGUUCAUUAGUUUUGGGGAUUGGGGCUAUUUCUUGUUUUUUUUAAGGCAGGAGAGUUGCUUUUCAUUCUACGUAUUCGAGAGAUGAAAAAAAAGUGUUUUUUGGGCUAGUUUUGUUCCAAUGAUUUGGUAGCAAUUACCAUGGCAGUUGCACGAAAGGGAUUCAUGUACUGGGUCUGAACGGUUUCAUGGCGAUGCAGUUUCCAUCACCAAAUUCACCGUGAGAUGUCUGGUACUCGUUGUGACUAACUCAGUAGGCAGUCUGUCAGUUAAGCCAGGUAAACUAGUUACUAGUACUUGACAUUGCCACUGUAUUUUUUGUAAUUACUAGUACCAUUUGAUGAGAAGUGGUACUGAGUUUUAUGUGGGUAGACGAACGAUGUCAUCGCACUCCCUUCUCAGUGUCAACGAUCAUGGGUGGCAUGACCUGUGGGCUGUGGAGGGCGGUCCCGGUCCCCUUCGUUUGGCUUAUCUGGAAAAUGCUGGUUGCGCGUCAAGGCCAUCUUGAACCUUGGAAAAACGCUGCUGUGUCUAUCUUUCCUGCCUUCCUGGUUCCGUCCGUGCUGUGCUGACAUGCGUGUCGAAUUCUCGCUCAUUUGGUUACCGGUAGUGGGGUCAUGUCGGAUAUUGAUGUGGAAGGGGGAGUUGGUAGUGGCACCCCCUCCGCCUCGGACCUGGCUUCUUCUGAUACCGGCUCUGGAGCUGGGUAAUAGAGCGCAGACUUUGGGUCUGGAAAGCGAUUGUGGUUAUCGUUACGACAAGUAUGCUAGGUCAAAACUGUUUUUGUAUGUAGUUGGUUCACAGAUGCCAAGGGCCGAUUUAUUUGUUUGUUUGUUGCUCAUGUUGAUGUUCUGAGCAUACCAUUUUUCAGAUGUUUAUAUUUCAUAUCUGAUAAAGUUUAUAAGUUUAUUGUCGUCAUUAAGAUGGGUUAAGAAGGAUGCCUGCUGUGUUUUAGGAUGAGGCUCCAUUUGGAAGUCAAUAGUGCAACACUGCUCAUUCCAAUGAUAUACCCCCACUACAAACAGACACUUGGUCAUAAUUGGCUUUCGCACAUUCAUAUUCAAUGUCUCAAACUUGUUAUUACGAUUCUGCGGAUGGUCUGACAAAACCCUGGGCAUAGUGUGAUUAUUGACACUAAUAUUAGUUCCAAAGCAUUUCAUUGAGUAAAAAGAAAUAAUCAUUCUCAAUAUGUCCAGGUGCAUAUUUCUGAAUUUUCUUGCUCACUAGUUGUCUGUAUCCAUCCUCUAGGUUUUAUUGUUUACUGACCUUUACCAGAUUGUCCCACAGACUCGCAGAACUAUAGGAUAUCACAGAACAGUUCUUGAGGUACUUAUUGCAGCCUAAUAGUACAUGGAGCGAUAUUCAGAUAUGAGACCAAAGGCAGAAGUUUCAUAUCUCGGAAGGGGUUCCAGAUUCUCUUCUAGAAAUCAAAGUUCAGAAGAGAGGACUAACCAUAGCAGCGAUAAACCGGGAAGCAGCACAAGAUUCAAUCCUACGAAAGCGAGAAUUGGCGGUAAUCAAGGGAGGCCAAGAUAUGUAUGCGAUUCAUUUAAAUCUCCAAGCUCAAAGGUGUCGCCUGCAGGCUCUUCCAAAUUUCCACUUAGCAAGUUUGAGGAGAGGCGAAGACAGCCUUUUGUGCCAGGGUUUGACAUUGCUGAAAGUAGUAGAAGAAAGGCUGAUGCCAAGCAGCUACAGGGUAGUAAGAAAAUUGCUGCAGAGAACGACAGUUCAGACAAUCUGCGAGGUGAAUCAGAAGGUUUUACUACUGAACAAGUAGUAAAACCAGAAGGCUCUCAUGUUGUCGGUCAUUCAGGUGUUUCUGCGUAUACAGUCGGGUCCCUGGUCCAAACUGCUUCACUAGGUUCUAGGACACACAGACAGAAACACAAAGAAGUGAAUUUGGGUACUCCAGGAGCAUCGUCUUCAACUCUGACUAACAGGUCUACUAUACCUGGAAAUUCUACCAUGGGUGUGAGGCCAGCUUAUGGUCAUGUUAAUGGAGGGCAGAUACAUGGUCUUAAAAACCUUGGUUGUUCUUCGGUACCUGAUGCUCAGCCAUCAGGUUGCCCAUCUGAGUCUGUUAUUAGUAGGAGGAGGUUUGAGUUCAUGAGAAAGAGGGCCUUUGACCAGGAAAGCUCUUCCAGAUCAGUGAACUUAAGCUUAGGUCAUUCAACUCCUACAGAUAUUCGCAGAAUCAGAAUGAAUGAACAAUCACUUUGUCAACAAAUACCACGAAGCAGCAGCAGAAGCCAUCAGGAAUCGGCAGGUUCAGUUAGGACAAGACGACCUUCUCCUCAUGCCACUAGGAUGAGUGUUCCUGAUGGAAGAGCAGAUGGCGUGCUUUCUCUGCACGAGUCAUCCACAAAGGAUGUACAGCCAGCUCAGGAACAUCUUUCAUUGGAAGAAGUCUCCACUGAGAGUUCAAUAAGGCCAUUCUUUGUGGAAUUUGAUAAUAACAUUUUCUCGUCUAGUCAUCUUCGUCGCUCGAGUACUCGAGCUGAAAGGGGAAGACCAAGCUCCCUUUUUGAAGAAAGUCCUCGACAAAUGUUCCAUAGUCUCAUGGGGGAGAGGGACAGACAUAGACACAUAACCAUGGAAGGAAUUACAGAGGUUUUGGCUGCAUUGGAGAGGAUUGAACAGCAAGCAGAGCUGACCUAUGAUCAAUUGCUAAUGCUGGAGGCUAAUCUAUUUUUUGGCGCCUUUGCCUCCUAUGAUCGGCAUAGAGACAUGCGGAUGGAUAUUGAUGAUAUGUCCUAUGAGGAAUUAUUGGCCCUGGAGGAGAGAAUAGGCUCUGUGAGCACAGCUCUUUCAGAGGAGCAGUUCACAAAAUGCCUCAAAAGAAGCAUAUAUAGUCAGGUCGCUCUAGAAGUGAACAAAUCAACCGUUGAUGACAUGAAAUGCAUCAUCUGUCAGGAAGAGUACGCGGAGGGCGAAGAGGUUGGGAGGCUGCCAUGCGAGCACCGGUACCAUGUGUGCUGCAUAGGCCAGUGGCUUGGGCAGAAGAACUGGUGUCCAGUAUGCAAAGCGUCUGCCGUGCCUUCCAAGGGCUGAAGCAUUGGGGAUGCUGGAAACCCCGUUCCGGAUUACAAACCAUCCUUGCUUUUGUCUACGUACAUUGUUCUUUUCCCUAUAUGCAUUAGAUAUAGAUCAUGUCUAGAUGUAUGACGCUAGAACAGCUUGCGAUUUGGGAGGAAGCUAAGAGAGUAAUAGUUAGCUGGUUAAUAAUAGUUCAUAGCUAAUAUUUGCUAGAUAACUAUUACUUGGCUACCUAUUAGCUGUGCCUUUCACAUUGUGGUACAGGACAAAUGCUUGUCAGAUCGUGAACAACCUUAUAACUUGAUGAAUGGCCUAAGUCAAAGAGGAAUAUGUUGUGCCAAUCUCAACCCUAUGCUCUCUUCGUGUAGUCUGGGUGUGUUUGGUUGCGGGA